CCUGGAUCCAGCCCGGCCCCUGCCAUCUAGACGGCGCCAUGCGGGGCACAAGCGUGCCUCUGUGGCUCCUCCUGGCUCUGCGCACUGCGCUCGGCGGGAUGGAGGUGCGGUGGUGCACCACCUCGGACCCGGAGCAGCAGAAAUGCAGCGACAUGAGCAAGGCCUUCCAGGACGCCGGGAUCCAGCCCGCCCUGCUCUGUGUCCAGGGCACCUCAGCCGACCACUGCGUCCAGCUCAUCACGGCCCAGGAGGCUGACGCCAUCACUCUGGACGGAGGAGCCAUUUACGAGGCGGGGAAGGAGCAUGGCCUGAAGCCCGUGGUGGGCGAAGUGUAUGAUCAAGAGGUUGGUACUUCCUAUUAUGCCGUAGCUGUGGUCAAGAGGAGCUCCCACGUGACCAUCAACAGCCUGAAAGGAGUGAAGUCCUGCCACACGGGCAUCAACCGGACGGUGGGCUGGAACGUGCCCAUAGGCUACCUGGUGGACAGCGGCCGCCUCUCGGUGAUGGGCUGCGAUGUGCUCAAAGCUGUCAGCGACUAUUUUGGGGGCAGCUGUGUCCCCGGGGCAGGAGAGACCAGUUACUCAGAGUCCCUCUGCCGCCUCUGCCGUGGCGAUGCCGCUGGGGAGGGGGUAUGUGACAAGAGCCCCCUGGAGAGAUACUACGACUACAGCGGGGCCUUCCGGUGCCUGGCAGAAGGAGCAGGGGACGUGGCCUUCGUGAAGCACAGUACGGUGCUGGAGAACACUGAUGGGAAAACCCUGCCCUCUUGGGGCGAGGCACUGCUCUCACAGGACUUUGAGCUGCUGUGCCGGGAUGGCAGCCGGGCCGAUGUCACUGAAUGGAGGCGAUGCCACUUGGCCCGGGUGCCUGCUCACGCCGUGGUGGUCCGGGCCGACGCAGAUGGGGGCCUCAUCUUCCGGCUGCUCAACGAAGGCCAGCGUCUGUUCAGCCACGAGGGCAGCAGCUUCCAGAUGUUCAGCUCUGAGGCCUAUGGCCAGAAGAACCUGCUGUUCAAAGACGCCACCUCCGAGCUGGUGCCCAUUGCCACACAGACCUACGAGGCAUGGCUGGGCCGCGAGUACCUGCAUGCCAUGAAGGGUCUCCUCUGUGACCCCAACCGGCUGCCCCACUACCUGCGCUGGUGUGUGCUGUCCACUCCCGAGAUCCAGAAGUGUGGCGACAUGGCUGUGGCCUUCAGCCGGCAGAGGCUCAAGCCAGAGAUCCAGUGUGUGUCGGCCGAGUCCCCCCAGCACUGCAUGGAACGGAUCCAGGCUGGGCAAAUCGAUGCUGUGACCCUGAGGGGUGAGGACAUUUACAUGGCGGGGAAGACAUACGGCCUGGUGCCAGCAGCCGGGGAGCAGUACGCCUCGGAGGACAGGAGCAACUCAUACUUCGUGGUGGCCGUGGUGAAGCGGAACAGCUCCUACGCCUUCACUGUGGACGAGCUGCGGGGCAAGCGCUCCUGCCACCCGGGCUUCGGCAGCCCCGCUGGCUGGGACAUCCCCGUGGGCGCCCUCGUGCAGAGGGGCUUCAUCCGGCCCAAGGACUGCGACGUCCUCUCAGCGGUGAGCCAGUUCUUCAGCGCCAGCUGCGUGCCGGUGAACAACCCCAAAAGCUACCCGGCCUCGCUGUGCGCGCUCUGCGUGGGGGACGAGCGCGGCCGCAACAAGUGCGUGGGCAACAGCCAGGAGAGGUACUACGGCUACAGCGGCGCCUUCAGGUGCCUAGUUGAGGAUGCUGGGGACGUCGCCUUCGUGAAGCACACGACCAUCUUCGACAACACGAAUGGCCACAAUUCUGAGCCCUGGGCUGCUGAGCUCAGGUCUGAGGACUAUGAGCUCCUGUGUCCCAACGGGGCCCGGGCCGAGGUGUCCCAGUUUGCCGCCUGCAACCUGGCACAGAUACCAUCCCAUGCCGUCAUGGUCCGGCCAGACACCAACAUUUUCACCGUGUACGGACUACUGGACAAGGCCCAGGACCUGUUUGGAGAUGACCACAAUAAGAAUGGGUUCAAAAUGUUCGACUCCUCCAACUACCACGGCCAAGACCUGCUUUUCAAGGAUGCCACAAUCCGGGCGGUGCCUGUCGGGGAGAAGACCACGUACCUCGACUGGCUGGGCCAGGACUACGUGGCGGCUCUGGAAGGGAUGCUCUCUCAGCAGUGCUCAAAUGCAGCGGUCCCUGCCUCGGGGGGCUCCCUGCUCCUGCUGCUGCUCCUGCUGUCCCUCAGCACCGGCCUCCUCCGGCCCUCCCUCUGAAGCCGCUCUGGGCAAGCCUCACCCUCCCUUGGAAUGGAAACCUAUUCAGAAAGCCCUAUAAAUAAGGCCGUUCUCCUCGGUAAAUGGUAAAUCCGGUUAUCACUGCUCAGAGGGGAAUAUGUGAUGGGAGAGGAGCUGUGAGAAACCACAGAGCUCCUUGGAGCUGCCUUCCAACCCUGAAGCUGCCGUGAUUGCUUCAAAGUGGAAUAAAGACGAAUGUUAAAGAAAAGUCUCCAGUUGGAUGCGAGCAGGUCUCUCCUGCUGGAACCCAGCCUCUGCCUCCCAGGCACCACCUGUCCCUCUGUUACCUGAGGCGGUGUGCUGGCCAGCCUCCCAGUCGCGCCCCACCCACAGGCUGGCACGGCCCGCUUCCCUGCAAAUCUGCAGGCUCCCACCACAUGGAUCCUCACCAGGCUUGACUUUGGAAAAGACCGUUACCAAGGAAACCGGCUGCGCCCGGGCUUCCCACACGGACCUCUCUGCUAGAGUUCGCCCUGCCAAGCCACCCAGGGGGGCCUGGUGAGAUGACAGGGCCUGCCGGCCCCUCCCUGGCUGGUUCCCACUUCCCCCUCUGAAGAAUAGACACUGCACCCAGCACCUCCCAUUGGCCCCCGCUCCGUCUGUCCUCUAGGCUCCACGUUCCAGACUCCCUCCUCAGGACACUGUCUCUGCCACCAAGGCGUCAUCAGACGAGGCUACAACCAGGCCCUCCAAGGAGGCCUCCAAGGAGGCGAAGCUGCUGGACACAUAGCCCUUUUUCCUUGUCUCCUGUGGCUUGGCAUGGCCCAGACCCUUGGAGACCUGAUUAUGCUGGGCUGGGGAUGGCAGGGAACCCAAGGCUGGACCAUACACAUGAAACCCUCAAGGGGGCCUCAGACAAAGGAAACACUGCUCAGCAAGCAUUUUUACUAGGUCGGGGGCUUGAUGCGGGGUUGGGGGUCUAAAAUCCUGCCUGAACCCCUGUCUGCUGUAAGGAGGCCACAGAACUAGACAUUCUCUGUGUGCCCUGCCUUGUGGGGGGUUCGGCCGUGCCAGGCUCUGUCCUGGGGUUGAGCCCCAUCAGCAGGAGCCCCCACUCGUGAGUUCCCUCCUCUUGGGCUCCAUCUCAGAUCCUCCCCUUCUCCUACCCCAGGGUGAGGCCCACCGCCUCAGCUCCGCCUCGACAUGCAGCAGCAGCACCUGCCUCCAGACUGAGGGGCUCAGCCUCCGGAUUUCCCAGGAGCUCCAGGCCCUGGAGCAGGAGGUGGCCCGGGCCUCUGAGGCAGCAGGAGGCCCUCUGAAGAGCUGGGAGGGGCGCGAUGCCGUUCUCUGCGUCAGAGGAGCCACAGGCCUGGCUUAGGGACUGAGGGAGCUCCCUGCACUGACUGGGCCCUCAGGCCACUCGCUCCAGAGGAAGGGUCCCUCCCUCCCAUGGCUGCAGGUCAGCGGAAAGUGCCUGGAGAAGGUCUUCUCUCUCCCCCAUUAUUGCCAGGGUUGUCUGAGGAGCCAGAAAAAGUUUCCAGAACUGCCAGCUCUUCCUCUAAAUUUUGCUCCCUGAAAAAAAGUAAAAAAGAAAGGGAAGAAAUGGGAGCAAGCCACCCUCGGCAGCAGCCUGGGAGCCGCGUGGGCCUGGAGCUAUUUGCAUCUCAGUCUGCGGGGGCCUCGGGGACACUGAUGACAGGCCGGUGCUCGGUGCUUCGCCCCCACCUGUGGGCGUUGGGACGAAUCCCUUCCAUCUCUCAGCAGCGAAGGAGACCCCUGGCAGCGUGCUGGCUGCAGUCACACCGUCCUGAAGAGUCCUGGUCACCAUGCUGGGGCAAGCCCCCAGCCCACUGUGGGGCCGGAAGGAGCCGGCCUCUGCUACCAGAAAUGAUUCUUUCUCUGACCUGAUGAUUGUUUGAUUUUCUUUUUUAAGGGAGAUUUGUGCAGUGAGAAGUGUAUUUCUGGGUGACCCUGAGCCAGUGUGCUGCCCAAGGUGUGACACCUGCACUGUGAGCCUACUGAAGGUGUGACCUGCGUGAAUGCUGUGUGACAUUUGAUUGUCAAGUGACAGCAGGGGGCCACCGCUGUCUUAGUGCUAAUAAAAGAUGUCGGUUUGUUUUUAAAUAAAGCCAAACAACCCUG